GCGGUGCAGAAACAAUGAUCAGUCGCAAACGGAAGAAAUCACUUUCCGAUGGAGCAGGACCAUCAUCAAAAAUUGAUUUAAUGGAGAAACCACAUUUCAGCGGAUUAUUCCCUUCUGAAAGUACAAGUUCUGUUGUGUCUGAGCCUAAGCAGAUGUUUGUUUCUGAGAGUUGUGAAAAUUCUUCAGUCGCCAAGGUGCACAUUCAAGUUUCUCCAUGUGUAAAAUCUACGUCAUCUGAAACAACUUCAGCAGCAAAUACAUUGGCAAACAAGUCUGCUCCAAAGCAAACAGAACUGAAGACAUCAACUGUCACCACAUUUUCAAGUUUUGACCAAUUAAGAUCAAAUUUUUCGCCCAGUAGACCAACUUCAUUGUAUCGCACGACAACUCCUCUAAAGAAAGUAUCUACUAUAUGUGAAGAUAUCAGAAAUGCUUAUGAAUUAAAGACUAAACCAAGACCACCUCCACCCAUCCCUUCCUUGAAGCCAUUGUCUUUUAUAACUUCUCCUUCGACUUCGUGUUCUACAUCUGUGACUAUAGGACAUGUACCAUUGACUAGUUCUUCUGCUCCUUCAUCAAACAAAAAAGUGUUCACCAGGAUCAAGCUAAAAAAUCCAAUACGGAGAAAACAGAAUGUACCUUCAUCUUUAGAUUUAAAAUUAAGUCCUCAACCACAAGUUAGCCUGGGACCUUUAUUUCCAAAGCCUCCUAAAUUCGAUGCCAAACAAGAAAGUGGUUUAUUUGCAACAAAAUCCACUUCAUCUGUUUCACUAUCUCUAAAUUUAACUGAUGGCCAAACACUGAAGUUUCCAUCAUCAUAUGCAAGUGAGGCAUUUACAGUAUCUAAAUCUCCAAUAGCUAUGUCAAAAUCAAUUACAGAAGCUAAAUAUUCAACUGUAUCUAGUGAGCAGUCCUGUGCAAAACCUGCAACUAUAAAAAAAACUUUCCCAAGGACUUCAUUUCAAGGAUCAGAGUGUUUUCCAAGGCCAUUUUUUUCCUCAAUAGCUAAAAGUGGUCUAAAAAGUUUGCCACCAGUGAUUUUUAAUGUGCCAUCAACAUUGAGUACUCCAGGUCAUACUUCAACAAAAGUGACAGAAUCUGGUCAGAGUGGAAAAUCAGUAACUCAAACUACAGCUCUUGGAAUUGGCUGUAGUCAUUUAAACCUUAAUACAGCACAUACCCAAACUAUUCAGUACUGGAAUGAAGGAGGAGUAAUAAGGCGUGCUCGAAUUGUGAACAUUUCACAGCCAAGUGGAUCUUGUCUUUCACGUGCCAUUUCACCGUCUGCUGUCUCAGCAUUAGGUCUGUGUCCUAAUUUCACAUCAACUGCUCUUCGUGUUACACUGCCUGCUGGAACACUUAGUACGUCAUCAUCGAUGCGAGUUUCUACAGCUGCCAAGCCAAAUGUCAUUUUGGUACACAAAGUGAAAACAUCUGCGGUACAAGGACAAGAAAAAGCUGCUAUUACCCAGAAAGAGUCAAGUGGCCCAUCUACCGAUAAACUUGCCUCAAAGCCUAUAGACCGAGCUACACCAGCAUCUCCAUCAGUUUCUCUUGCUAACCUGAAAGUUCCUGAAACAAAUAUUGUCACCAAUAUAAAUAUUCCUGUUAAAGAAAGUCCUGAAAUAGUGGUUAGUACGAGUGAAGAUUCAUCAGGUGAACGAAAAAUUAAAAUUGAGGUGCAAGCAUCAAAAGAUUAAAGUUUGUAAAAGCAUUUGUCUGUCAAGUCAACUAGUGUGACAAGUCAAAUAAAACUUUUAAAUGUAAUAUUGUGUGAAAUAUAUAUCUGUGAAUAAAUACUUGAUUGAUAUUGUAUUUCAAAUACAUUUGAUUUUUUAAGUAUUGUGUUAAUUUUUGUAUGUUAUGUAUGUAAGAAUUUUAUAUUUGUUUUAUUUUUUUUAAGUUUAGUUGUUGGAGCUGAAUGAUGAAAUUAUAAAA